GAAGAUUCAAUAAAUUGCCAGUUUUAUUCAAUUCAACAGUUUUUUUUUAUUAUUGUUAUUGAAAAACCUCUGAUCUAAAAAUCUUUUUAAAUAGUGGGGUCAAUGUUACUUAUGAAGAAACAAUGUGAACAUAAAAACGUAAUACACAGUAGAAUUUAAAGUUUGUUUAAUUCAUGUGUUAGCAACAUGUGUUAACAAAAACUAAAUAAUUUUUUUUUAAUUCUAUACCCCUGUCAUGAAUGGACAUGUACAUGAAUGAAAGAGAAAAUCAAACUUUAAAAAUCAUACAGUUGUUUACAUAGUUGAUGACUGUAAUAUUCUCUCAAUAUUUACUGUAUUCUCUCUAAGCACCGUUUCUACACUACUUUCAUAUGAGAGCUCGAGAUUUUGCGUGAAGUUGUGCAAUACUGACGCAUAGUGGCUAAUUCAAGUAAUUGCACAAGCAGGAGCGAUCAUGCCCAUAUUCUAAUAUUACAGUAUGAUGAGUAAAUAUAAGAACUGUGUUCAGGUCUCAAGCCAGGAUGAUGUUUUGAAGUAAAUAAGCUGGAAUAUAGGCAAUAUAAAACAAUUAUUUAUUUUUUGUGUCUACAUAGUUCCAUUGAUUUAUACUAUGCCAUUUGUGUUAUUCCAUAUAGUUGUGAUGACUUUACUAAUAUUAUACAAUUUGAAAACCAGUCAUAAUAAAUAAAAACAAACUUUUAACUAGUAGUAGUAUUUGACUUUCAUGUGUCAGCAAGAGUCAAAGGUUAAAGUAUUAUAUUUAUGCCUCAUAAUCAUAUUCACACCGUGUGUAAGUGUCAGAUAUUCUUAAACAUCACUUACACUGACAACAAAAGAACUGGUUCAGUGGUUCACACCGGGUCCUAAAGUCACGAGAUCAGAUGUUAAUUUGAUUAAGCUGCUUCAGUAAGAGACUUUGAUUGUGACGCUCUGGGCAGUUUAGCUCAAUUAAACCAUUAUGAGACAAACACAGGCCUGGAAUGAGACUUUCCACUGGCACAAAGAGCGGCUCUGUUCGUCCGCUCACUGCUGCUUCCUGGGCCUGCAGGAGACAAAAGACAGAAAGACACACAGCAGGAAGCAGGGAUUGCAUUUGGCGAAUGGAUCAGAUGUCUGAUUAUUCCAGUUCAUACUUCAUGAUAACAGAAUGAAAACCUCUCAGUUUAACAUUCAUGUAAAUAAAUAAUAUAAAGAGUUCAGGCAAAACCAGACAGGUACAGAACAGCUUCAACCCAGACACGUUAAACACAACCUGAUCUGAAGCUUAAAAUAUACCGAUAACCAGUAUAUAAUAACCCAGAUAACAGGUUCUCAGUACAUUCUGGCGGUAACAUUAAUAGAACGUUCGUUCAGAGUUUCUUAGUAACGUUCUCAAAACGUUAGCACUGAAACAUUGUUUAUGGAACAUUUCUUUGAAACAUUGUAGUCAGAGAACAUUCAAAAGUAACAUUCCCAUAACGUUCGCAAAAUAAUAAAAUGGAACGUUCCCUUAAUGUUGUAUUUAACAUUCACAUAACCAAGAGUUUUGAACAUUCAGGAAUAAUGUUUUAGCAAAACGUUCUUAGAAACAGAGACUUUAUGGGAAUGUCUUUUGACUUAUAUUUUUACUGUUGUAUAAAGUGUAUGAAAAAAUAAUAUUUUAUUACUUUAUUGUAUUGUUGAAUAUAUAGCAAAGCUUUUACAUUUAUUGUCCUGUUAAAUCUAAAAUAAUGUUCCAAUGUAUGUUGCAUUUGUUACAGUUAACCAACGAGCGAAAAUGUUUAUGAAUGUCUGAUAAAAUAUUUAGUGUCAUUUUUUGCGCAGUGUCUUUGAUCAGCUGGUGUUUUGGUCAUUUUUAGUGGAUAUAUGAAGUCAGUUCUCAAGUUCACACAGGUGUCCUAGCAAAGGAACCAUUUCAGAUGUCACUUUCAACACUAUUUAUAGCUAAAUCAAACCUAACAAAGCCUUUCUGUUUGUGAAAUGUUUUGUUUUGCAUGUGCAUCUUUCUUUCUUUACAAUAAAUGCCACUUUGUUUGGUAUUUUGUCAUGGCUUUCAGUCAUUUUAAAGAUCGUAAGUGACAUGAGCGUCCAAAUGCCAAGCCCGUCCAGUAUGAAGUUCGUGGGAGUUUUCAGUUUUGCUCUGGAGAGAAUCAGAGGAGUCAAAUUCCAGCAGACGUCACAGAAACUCGCCGCGUAACGGGACAAAGUGCGGACGCAGUCCGGCUCUCGUCUGCUUUCUGACAGCAGUGUGCUGCUGUGGCUUCAUUUUUCCACUGGACAAUGGUAAAAACAAAACAAAGAACUUUGAAAUAUUUGCUAUGAGUUAAACAGAGGAACACAAACGCGAGCUUUCUUCAGGUUUCCCGACAGCGUUACGCUCUCGCAGGAAACUCGCCAUUUGCGUCGCAGAGUUGGAUAUUUUGUGGAUCAGUUUCAUUCAAGCGUAGAUUAAGAUUGCAUAUCUGACAACCCCGGACUAUAAGUGGAAAGUGUAAAAAAAAACUAUUAAUUUUUCUGAAGAAAAAAGUGAACGCGCUCGGUUCACGCGUAAAGCGCACGCACCGCCCAUCCGGAGAAUGACGCGCGCGGCGUUUGGAGUUUAACUGACCGCAGCUAGUUCCGUGGAUGUACCGGUUUCAACCCGUCAUGAUGUUCGCAGGAAUGAUCAUGGUGGAAAACAGCUCAAAAACACAAACUGACACCGACUCCGCGUGUCACCGCUGCGCUGUGAGGACAGGUGGUGCGAGUCCGACUGCUGCAGCGGGAAGCCAUCGCAGACAGCCGGGAUACAUGCGCUCAGAGCCGCUUAACCAGUCAUGUGACAAAACUCCUGUUUCUGGCUCGCCUACUACUGAGAACACUCGAAAGAGCGCUUCGAAAUUACCCAGCGAGCAAUGGCUUAAGGAUGUUUUCGAGAGAGACGACAGCCAGGAUUCUUCCAAAACUCACUGUUCAUGUGACGUGGAGGAAAAUUCCUCAGUGCCAUCGCCCAACGUUUUUAAUUCGAGCUUCAGUUUCAUUCAGCAGUCGCUAGAAACUAGUGAUCUGUUAGAUGCGAGCACCAACAAACCUGUGUUUAAACCGUCUGAAUGGGACCGAGUGAAGUCUGAAACGUCAAAUGAAACGUGUGUCGCUUUAAAACCUCACACUGCUUUAGGAAAUCACUUGAGCCAAUCAGAGAUCAGCACUGCUCCAACUAGCCAAUCAGAACAUGAGGUUUUCUCAUUAAGCAGUUCGCCUUGCUCGAUUGGUCAGUCGGUGCAACAGAAAGGGCUGUUAUUGGACCGAGAGCUGUGGCUAGUGGAUCUGGACGUACCCUGGCAACGGGACAGACAGAUUUCGUCCUCCAUGGCGUCUUACGUGAAAGAAAGCGUCCAGGACUCAGAUUCUGGCUCUCUGGACACUGAAGUCACGUCUUCGUUCUCGAUCGACUCGUCAGACUCGACCUCGGCCUCAUCGGUCACAUCCGGUUACGACAGUGCAACCCCGUCCUCAGAUCAGAGUCGGGACGGUCUGAUAAAGAAGUACAAGGAUGUUCUGCAAGACUGUCUGCAGAGCAAUCGCACAAACACCAAGAUCAAGUCCAUAAUGAUGAAGCUUCAGAGACUACAGCACAAAGCGGUUCUGGAUGACGACUAUGACACAGCUGAGCAUUUUGGUAAGAAGCUAGAGGAGCUGAGGAGAGAGCGAGCGAUGCUUAAGCCUGGUUUACCGUCCAGACAUCCGGAGCUCACUGGAUUCCUGGAGCGUCUCAGGACGGCCGUUCACAGCGUCAUCCACAGGACAGACACACACUGCAGGCAAAAUGGUGAAUUGAGUGACGAUCAGGGAUCAGGCAGCUCUCAGAAUCAACCUCGAUCACGAGAGACGCUGUUAGAGGAAAAACAGAGGAUUCAGAAGGAGAUGUGUGAUGUUCAGCGGAGGCUGGAGGAGCUGCGGGAGCGGAGCAGAGCUGUGGAGGAGCAGCUGGAGCUGGAGGAGCUGGAGGAGCCCGUCCUCAGAGCCUGUGAUCCGGCUCAGCUGCGGCUGACGGCUCGAGUGCUGGAGGACAUGAUCAGCUCUGAACACCGGGCCCAGAUCAGCGUGUCUCCACCCGCAGAGAUCCUCAGACUUCAGGAGCAAGAGCGAGCGCUGAGUUUAUCUGUCAAAGAGGCAACGGCUAAAGUGGUGAUGAGUCAGAGACUGGGCUCUAGUCUGCGCCGGAAGGUCAGCGAGAGUGAAACACAGCUGCUGACCCUUCAUGAGGCGAAGCUCGUGGCCAUCUCAGGAAAUGACUUCAGCAGCGCGAAGGAACUGAAGACAGAAAUCAGGAACGCGUACGGCGAGAGAGAUCGUCUGGAGGGGCUGAAGAGGAAGCUGAAGACUCUGAGCACAGGAAGUGGAUGGGAUCUGAGCCGCAUGAAGGAGCAACACAACCAGAUCAAACUGGAGCUGCAGGAGAGAGAAGCCCAGUACGAGCGCAGUUUAAAGGAGAACACUCUGAAGUAUAUUGAGCUUCUGGAGGACAGACUUCACAGCUGUGGAAGUCCAGUGCUGGAACACAUUUGGGAGGCUGAUUUGGAGGCUUGUCAUCUGCUCCUGAAAGGCCUCGAUCAGCGCACAUCCAGCAUCUCUGAAACCGAGGAUCUGCCCUCCGUCCCUGGAUCGGCUUCAGAUGUCCUGCUGUUCAGUAAAGAGGAAGCGGACUGCGCCAUGUUGACCGCUCUAGGAGGCCGCUGGUGCCCCGAGGCCGACCUCCAACACUCAGAGUUCACUAAGGAUCUGUGCGGAGAAACAACAGAGCUGACGGAGCGCUGUGAACUCAUCAGUGAGCGACUGCAUUAUCUGGAAGACCAGCUUCAGACCGCCAUAGACCACCAAGACAAGGACCUCACUCUGUCUUUAGAGAAAGAGGUUCAGGAAGUUAAGGCUGCUCUUCAAGCGAUGCUGUCACAGCUGAAGGAGGAAGAGGAUGGAGAGAAGUAUUGUGAUGUAGAAGAAGAACAGGUUGAAGAUGAAGAGCUAGAAGAGGAGCAUUACUUCAGUGACAGCUGGGAAAUCUGAACAGACUCGUGAUUUACAUUUCGGUGCCUGUGAAAGUCUGUUUUCAUACUAUCCUCUCGCACUGAGCUCUAGCACUUAAAGAGAAUAGUUCAUCUUUUUCUACGUUCAUCUGCUUGCUCAUAUAUCAUUUCAAAAGCAUUUGCUCUAUGUUUACUCUAUGCUACGUUUUAGUCUUUUGUUGAGGUUGCCAGUACAAACCACUAUCCACUUUCAUUGAAAAGUUUCAUUAAUUUGUGUUUCAUGCAAGUGAGAAAGUAGUAUUUGGAAUGACAUCUGGGUGGGUUGUUUUUUGGUUGAU